AUGGCGUCUAAAGCCCAAACUACUUCAGUUGCAAGUGUUGGUAGCGCUCGGCCAAAUAGGCUGGAGUUUUCACAAUGUGGAAGACGUCACUUGGGCGAAUGCCGAGUAAACGAAAGGGGCUGUUUCAAGUGUGGGUCACUUGACCACUUUAUCCGCGAGUGUCCUGAGAUGAACGAGAGAGAGAGAAAACAAAAUGCGAAAGCAAGCAGUGCUCCCUUUAGGGGUAGACCUCAAAGGAACCCCAAGAGUGGGACUGGUAGUAGAGAGGAGUUACCAGGGUUACCCCUGGAAAAAGAGGUUGAGUUCGGUAUCCAGUUGGCUCUUGUGUUUAUGAACUUGAUGAACCGCAUCUUCCGACCGUACUUGGAUAGGUUCGUCGUUGUUUUUAUAGAUGACAUACUGAUUUAUUUGCAUAAAGGGAGUGAGCACGCAAAACAUUUGAGAACUGUGUUACAGACUCUGAGGGAUAAGCAGCUUUAUGCUAAGUUUAGUAAGAGCGAGUUUUGA